AAAAAGAAAAAGCGGAUCCCCGGUACCAAAAAAGAAGGAUGGUUGUUCAUUGGAUUUCAAGCGAACGCCCAGAUGAGUGUUGUAGUCCAAUUCAUUUCAACCAUUCCUCUUCGCUUCACUUCCAUCUCUAACCUUCGUUCUUCUCCAUUUUCCACUUCCAGGCUUUGGUUUUCCGGAUGCCGAAACCUGAUUGGAAUGGAGGAAAAAGGGUUCUUAGACGCCUCUGAGGAAGUUAUCGCCGAUUCCCAUCUGCUCAAGAAGAAACUGGAUGCUAUGCGUUUUGCCGGUCCGCAGAAGCUUCAGGUUAUUGCUGACUUUGAUGCUACGCUAACGAGAUACUGGAUUGAUGGCCGCCGAGGUCAAACCAGUCAUGGUCUUUUAAAGCAGGGAAAUUCUGAAUAUGAUGCUAAGAGGGAUGAACUUUAUAAAUAUUAUCAUCCCUUGGAAUAUUCUCCUACAAUUUUGAUAGAAGAGAAAACCAAGCUCAUGGAAGAAUGGUGGGGCAAAAGCCAUUCACUGCUGAUUGAAGGAGGUCUUACGUUUGAUGCAAUAAAGCAAUCAGUUGCUGCUGCCACUAUUGCUUUUAGGGAGGGAGUGGUUGAGCUGUUUGAACUUCUAGAGGAAAGGGAUGUUCCUGUUCUUAUAUUUUCAGCAGGUCUUGCAGACAUUAUAGAGGAGGUCCUGAGGCAGAAGCUUCACAGAUCUUUUAAGAAUAUUAGGAUCGUUUCAAAUAGAAUGGUGUUUGAUGAUAAUGGUUGCCUUGUAUCAUUCAAGGGCAAGACAAUUCAUAGUUUAAAUAAAAAUGAGCAUGCUCUUGAUAUGGCUGCUCCUCUUCAUGACCAAUUGGGUGAUAUAGAUGGGGCAAUUGAUGACAGUGCUUCUGUAAGAAAACGGACAAAUGUACUUCUUCUUGGUGACCACAUUGGGGAUUUGGGGAUGUCAGACGGUUUAAACUAUGACACUCGGAUAUCCGUGGGGUUUUUAAAUGACAACGUCGAAAACUCUCUUGACGGCUAUCGCAAUGCCUUUGAUAUUGUUUACCUGAAUGAUGCAUCCAUGAUGGGAGUGGUUAAACUUGUACAUCAGCUCUUUCCUGUUGGAGGUGUCUGAGGGACAGAUCUUUUUUGUAUGGUUAAUGAAGGUGAUCACUUACAAUUCUCAACAAGAAUAUCGUACUCCUUUUUGGUAGCUGAGUGACAACACCUGUUGCUUUUAUUUAACAUUCUUUAGUAGAGUAGUUGAAUAAGGAGCCAGACAAUUCAAUGUGAACUUGAGGAAGUAAUUUCUUGAUGUAGGGUUUCUCUGCUGUCACUGGUUGUUAUUUGAUGGUCACUUAUUAGUUACUCAGUCAUUUAAAGUUUUUUGUUUUUUGAUAAUUCUCAAAUUCGAGAUGAGAUAAAAAUCAUGAAAUCC